UAUAUGUCGACAAAGAACCUUAAGAAGUUUCACGUCCCGCCUGCAAGCAAGAAAUUUCGGAUUCUGACUUUCUUAUCCCUUUAUUUCCCUUCUCAUGUCCUUGUAACCGACAUGAAGUCGUUUUACCAUUAAAUUUCUUAAUGUUCACGGAAUUCCCCUCAAUACAAGUUGUCUAUGCUGACAAAUCAUUUAAGACCCAAGCAAACGUUAUAUGCAACGAAAGGCCAAAACAACCAAUCUGGUGGGAAAGUCCCAUGUAAUAGAUUAAACAAGUCAGAGGACAAAGGAGAUUAAAGACAUGAGCUCACCCUGCAUUAGAGAGGCCUCAGAUGCCUGUUUCCACGGCUGCUCUCCCUUCCUCAGCAGCGCUCCCCCCGACCCAUCGUCCCGAACCCCUGCCUCCGCAUUCCGCUCCGACUUCGCGAUGUCAGCCACCUCCUCCCUCCACCCAAAUGCCACGUUCACCAACCACGAGUCCCUUUCUUCCCUGCAGGAGUCGUUCUGCAGCUUCGCCGGAGCUUUCCCACAGUUCACGGAAACUGAGCAGGCCGACAGGAUCCGCGAGCAAGAAUACCACCACCUCUCCUCGACCGAACAUGUCUGCCUUGACUACAGUACCGGGCAUGGCCUGUUCUCAUACUCACAGCAGUGCAUUGCCGGCUCGGUCCCCUCUUCGUCUUCUCAUCCUCCAGUUCUGAGUUCGACGACAACCUACUUAGAAAUCUCCUAUAAGCAGGUUAACCUCAGGGCGCAGCUGGCAUAUGGAGGACUGGAGUCGGAACUUGAAUUGAGGACUAGGAAGAGGAUUACGAGAUUCAUGAAUAUCUCUGAAGAUGACUACGCAAUGGUUUUCACUUCCAAUCAGCCCUCUGCCUUCAGGAUUGUGGCAGAUUCAUAUCCUUUCCGGUCCCACAGGAACCUCCUCACAGUGUAUGAUCACGAGAGCGAGGCAGUUGAGUCAAUGAUUGAGAACUCGAGAAAGAGAGGAGCCAGGGUGAAAUCGGCCGAGUUCUCUUGGCCCAGACUCAGGAUCCGUUCGGAGAAACUGAAGAACAUGCUAGUGGGUAAGAGCAGCAAGAAAUCGAGCAAGGGGCUAUUCGUCUUCCCACUGCAGUCGAGAGUGAGCGGAGCUCCGUACUCUUAUUCAUGGAUGGGGAUGGCUCAAGAAAACGGAUGGCAUGUCCUUCUCGAUGCCUGUGCACUCGGGCCAAAAGACAUGGAAACUCUAGGGCUAUCUUUAUUCAAGCCCGAUUUUCUUAUCUGCUCCUUCUACAAGGUCUUCGGGGACAAUCCGUCAGGGUUCGCUUGCCUAUUCGUUAACCGAUCCUCCAUUUCAGUCCUACAGAGCUCAGACCCUUCCCUGAGUGUAGGAAUUGCCAGCCUCAUCCCAUCCUCGACAACAAGACUGGAGGAGCCGAUCGCGUCAUCUGAAAUAGUGGAACUGGAGACAACUUCCAGCCCGGAGAUUGAAUUCCGAGCGCUGGAUCAUGCCGAUGAGCUGGGGCUGAUCCUGAUCAACACCCGCGGACGGUGCCUGAUCAACUGGCUGGUAAACGCAUUGCUCUGUCUGAGGCAUCCAGACUCGGAGGACUACUCGCGCUCUCUUGUCAGGAUUUAUGGGCCAAAGGUUAGUUUUGAGAGGGGUCCGGCAGUGGCAUUCAAUUUAUUCGACUGGAAGGGGGAGAAGGUCGACCCGAAGCUCGUGCAGAAGCUAGCAGAUCGGUUCAACAUCACGCUGAGUUGCGGUUUCUUAAGGCACGUGUGGUUCCACGAUGAGACCCAGUUCGAUGAGACAGAGGAAAACCGCGGAGGACAUAUUUCCCGCAUCUGUGUGGUGACGGCCUCUAUCAGGUUCUUGAACACCUUCGAGGAUGUGUACAAGGUUUGGGCAUUCACGGCGAGGUUCUUGGAUGCGGAUUUUGUCGAGAAGGAGAAGUGGAGAUACACAGCACUUAAUCAACAGAUGAUCGAAGUAUGAUAUGUGGCAUUAUCUGCACAUUCUUUCAUUCCUUGAUUUGGAAAGAGCGAUGAUCGAGUGAGUAGUUGGCAAGGGAAAGCCGGGUUUUGAUGAUUCUGAUCUGAACCUUACGUUUAUCGUCAUGGAAUCCAUACGCCUGACACAAUGAGCUAAUUUCUGUAUGUCAAACAUGAAGGAUAGGAUAGUCCUCAGGCCAGAACAUCCAAUGCUCUUCAGCCAAAUAUUUUGGAUCCUCACUCUUAACACUUAUUUAUGGCCUGUGAAGACACAAAAUCACGUAGUUUGUCAAUGAAAUAAGUUAAAUUAUGGUGAUAGAACAACAUGGAUUGAUUCAAGAUCGUUCGACACAUCUUCCCCUUAGAUAAGGAUUCGUCUUCGAGUCUAGUGAAGAGGCAAAUAAGACGAGGAGGGGACCGAGCCGGCAAUGCACUGCUGCGAGUAUGAGAACAGGCCAUGCCCGGUACUGUAGUCAAGGCAGACAUGUUCGGUCGAGGAGAGGUGGUGGUAUUCUUGCUCGCGGAUCCUGUCGGCCUGUUCAGUUUCCGUGAACUGUGGGAAAGCUCCGGCGAAGCUGCAGAACGACUCCUGCAGGGAAGGAAGGGACUCGUGGUUGGUGAACGUGGCAUUUGGGUGGAGGGAGGAGGUGGCUGACAUUGCGAAGUCGGAGCGGAAUGCCGAAGUAGUUCGAAUCUGAAUUAAUCGGGACUUAUUGAGUUUUGAGAUAUUAGGUAGUGCACACCAAAAAAAUAGUGGUGCCAGGACUGAGCCCACAAUAGAUGGAAGGCCCUAAUUUUCAGUGUGAUCAAGAUGAGGCCCAACGCCCAUGGCCCAGCCUUUUUACAAGCCUAGGAGCUAUUUCAGCUAUUCGUGACCUGACAGGCGACUUUCAAUGUAUGGACACAUUAGAAGGCAAAAUUACGACCACCAGCAGUCUUUUGCUUUGUCUUUGUUGGAAAACAUCUGUGGGCUGGGCUUCGGUCGUCAAGGGCCAUUUUUUAUCUUUGUUAGGGGCUACCUCUAUCUAAUCUUAUGGUUAACGAUCUCGGACCUAGUAAUGGACCUUCGGCCAGGCAAUCGCACGCUUCAUAAGGUUGAGCGGGCUUGUUAUGGUUUGUCGAAUU